AUGAUUGUGGAAAUGCGCCAAGCCGCUGAAAAAGCCGAUUCCGAGGAAGCUGCCGAACGUGAAAUGCAGAGAAUGGUCGACGAAAUGAAAUGGGCUACUGAAGAACAAGUAGACGAAGAAGCCGAAGAACGAGCGUAUCUCGAACGAAAACGAAGACAACGACGCCGAAAAAUAGAGCGAAGCCGAAGAACGAGCAAGAGCCCAAGUAGAAGUAGAAGUAGAAGCAAGAGCCACAGCGGAAGAAAAAGCCGAAGUAGGAGCCACAGCCGACGAUGA